AUGGAGAGAAUGUCCUUGAAGGAGAGGAUGGGGGCGCAGCUGAUGAAGGAGCUGAACCUGAACCCUAAAAAAACAAAAACCACAAAAAAAGCAGUCAAGGGGUUCACUGACUUUAUACAGAACAUGGAGACAGAGGAGACCAACAGUUACAAUAACAAAGAAAUGUUGCUGGAGCUAGAGAAGGAGUACAUUGAAGCAGCAAAGAUAAAUGAUGUACAGACCAUGAAGAUUCUGGGAAGGGCAGUCAAGGUUGACGCAAAGAACUUGCAUGAUCGCACUGCCCUGCACUAUGCAGUUGCUGGAAAAAACAUAGAGGCCGUCCAAGUCCUUCUCCAGCGCAGAGCAAAUAUCAAUCAAGAGGACAAGCAUGGAGUGACAGCCAUCCACCUGGCUGCCUGGUUUGGGAGUCUGCCCAUCCUGAAGUUGCUUGUGCAGGGUGGUGCUGAUCAGAAGGUUGAGAAUGCGCUGGGAAUGAACAUCAUGCACUGUGCUGCCAUCAACAACCACACUGACAUAAUGACAUUCAUCAUCUACGACCUGAUGAUGAAAGAGCUGGACAAAGAGGACCUGUCUGGACACAGAGCGUUUGCUUUGGCAGCAGAGCAUGGCUCUGUGGAGAUGCUGCAGAUGUUGAUGGAGGAGACGUACAAUAUGGCCACCAUGGAGGAAGACCAGAAUGGGAACACACCUCUGCAUUUGGCUGCCAGCAAUGGCCACUUGGAUGUCGUCCAGCUACUGCUGAAGAGCUUUGAAACUCGCAAUGAAGUCAAUACGGCUGGGGAGACGGCUCUAUACCUGGCUGCUGCCGCUGCCCAUGAGGACUGCGUCCAGGCUCUGUUGGAGGCAGGCUGUGACCCAAACAUUGUCACCAUGGACCAAAGCAGUGCUCUACACCCUGUCUCUGAGAAAGGCCACACAUCGUUGGUGAGACUCCUCAUAGAGAACUCGGCCCAGGUGGACUUACAAAACCAGCACCUCCAGGCUCCUCUCUACCUGGCAGUGAAGAACUGUCACAUCCCUGUCAUCCACACACUGCUCGAGGCUGGCUGCAACAUCAACGUCACUGAUCACAGGUCCCAGACUGUCCUGCAUGUAGCUGCAGAGCUGGCCAGAGUGGACACUGUUGAGAUGCUUCUGAAAGCUGGGAUGGACCUAGUCCUCCAAGACAAGCAGGGUAAGACAGCACUGGGUGUGGCAGCCCGAGCAGACGAGGUCAUCAUCGUGGACAUGAUCAUCAAGGCAGAGAGAUAUUUGACAUGGAGGAUGUUACCCUUCCAGGCCAACACUGAGCUUAAUGAGAACCUUCACAGCCAGACUCCGCUGACGUUUAAAUUAGACCACCGCACGGAGAGCAAACAGACCCGCGGCAGCGCCUGGCACCUGGCCUACCGCCUGCUGAAGCCAGGCGACUGGAAGAGGCUGGCGCUGCACUGGCAUUUCACUGAGCAGCAGGUGGCUGCCAUUGAGGAGCAGUGGACAGGGCAGCAGAGCUACCAGGAACAUGGGAACAGGAUGCUGUUGAUCUGGCUUCAUGGGGUAGAGCUGGCCCAAAGGAGUCCUGCUAAAGAGCUGUACCAGGGCCUGCUUGCCAUAGGCAACAAGACCAUAGCAGCGGUCAUGGGAGGAGCCACACCCAUGACUUAUAGGUUGCUGGGAGUGCGGACGAAGCUGUGUGCGCAGAGGUCGGAGCGUGCCGUGAUGCAUGCGGUCAAGGUUUUGGAGGCUUUCUGUUGA